AUGGUGAAGGUAGCGGAAUACCCAAGAACAGCGACGUUUGCUUGGUCGCAGGAUCGGUCGCCUUUACUGGCCACAGGGACGGCAUCUGGGACAAUUGAUGCGGACUUUUCCAGCGAAUCAAAAUUAGAAAUAUGGUCAUUGUUGGGGGCAGAGGCAGACCACGAGGGCAAUGGCGGGAGCCCGCAGGCAUCGGUGGUGGCAGACGCCAAAUUCAACGAUUUGGACUGGUCUUACGACAACCAGGUGGUGGCAGGAGCGCUGGAAAAUGGAACAGUUGAGUUUUUCUCGCCGCAGGACUUGAAAUCGAUUGCCAAGGUUUCGGCGCACUCUACACCGGUGAAAACGGUGCGUUUCAACGGGAAACAGCACAAUGUGAUGUGCUCGGGCGGUGCGAACCGGGAAAUCUUCAUCUGGGACGUUACGAAGGCCACACAAUCGGGUUAUGCUCCGGCAACUCCAGGCACUGCAAUGACGCCCAUGGACGAAAUUAGCUCUUUGGCGUGGAACCAGAGCCAGGCCCAUGUGUUUGCGUCUGCGGGAUCGUCUGGAUUUGCGUCGAUUUGGGAUCUCAAGGCCAAAAAAGAGGUUUUGCAUUUGAGUUACACUUCGCAACUCACAGGCCAGAAAAACCUACUUUCCGUGGUUGAAUGGCACCCUACAAACUCGACUCGCAUAGCCACUGCAAGCGGCAACGAUUCAGACCCAUCCAUUUUGGUGUGGGACCUCAGAAAUGCCAACGUACCACUGAAUAUAUUGUCAGGUACGCACACCAGUGGACUUUUGUCGCUAGACUGGUGCAAACAAGACGAAAACUUACUCUUUUCCAGUGGACGCGACAACACGUGUGUGCUGUGGAAUCCUAAUGAAUCGCAAGCGUUAAGUCAAUUCCCCACCCGCGGAAAUUGGUGUUUCAAGACAAAGUUUGCACCUCAGGCUCCUGACCUUUUUGCGUCUGCAUCUUUCGACAACAAGAUCGAGGUUCAAACAUUACAAAACUUGAACUGCGAUUUGGAUACUACCGCAUCUGUCAGCAAACAGCAAGAAACCGAAACCGAGUUCUGGAAUAACGUUUCCGAGCAUGAUAGUAACGAGAAACCUGUGGUGAACAAACUACAGGCACCAGCUUGGUACGGAAACAAGUCUUCUGCGGCACAGUGGGCAUUUGGUGGUAAGCUCGUUUAUAUCACCAGUGAUAGAAAUGGCGUCAAAAUAGUUAAGCAAAACAUUCCAGGUGUCGAAAAGAACUUGAUGCUCGACGAGGCUCUGCAAUCGAAAGAUUUCAAGCCAAUAAUCAACAAGAGACUUGUACAAAGCAUCGAUGAGACCAACGAAGAAGAUUGGAACAUGCUAGAAAGGGUGUCUUUGGAUGGCAAGGAAGUUUUCUUGAAAGAGGCGCUUGCUUUCGACGACGAAGACCUGAGCGGCUCAGAGGACAAAUUAGCGUCUGCUGACGAUGGGGAUGAUUUUUUCUCCAAUUUAAACCAAGCGUAUGCUCCCGAGGGGUCAUUCAAACUCGACACAAGUGGUGCUUCUGAUGAACUAAUCAAAAGUUUAAUCCAAAAUGAUAAGAAAAAGGCUAUCGCGCAAGCUUUAGAUCAAGGAUUAUUGCUGGAAUCAUUUUUGAUUGCUCUACACAGUAAUGAUCAAAGCUUAAAACAGAAAGUAGAAAAUUCUUACUUCUCGAAAUACGGAAAAACUUCUUCACUUGCGAGAGUCCUGCACAGCAUUUCUCAAAACAGCGUCGAAGAUUUGGUGGAAAAUCUUGAUGUUUCCCAAUGGAAGUACGCUCUUAAGGCCAUCAAUGCUUAUUCCUCGAAUGACGCAAAGAAAAACGAGUUACUAGUUAAGCUCGGUGAUAGAGUUUCCGAAUCGAAUAACAGACAAGACGCACUACUUCUAUACCUAAGCGCUCAAUCGCUGGACAAGGUUGCUGAAAUUUGGCUCAAAGAAUUCGUGGGGCUAGAAAGUAAACUAAAAUCCAAGAAGGAGACCAUCUACGAAGCUCAUCUAGAGUGCCUCACCGAGUUCGUCGAAAGAUUCACAGUUUUCAUUAGUCUCAUUAGUGACAAACAGCAUCAAAAAAUUACCAACGAGGGUCUAAUCUCCAAGUUUUUGGAAUUCGUUAACUUGACAUCUGCUAAUGGUGAUUUUGAUUUGGCUCUCAAGUUUUUAGAUAUCUUGCCAAGUGAUAAUGAAGAAGUUAUCACCGAGAAGCAACGCGUGUUGAUUGCAUCGAAUAAAACUCCUUCUGUCGCGAAGACUGUUACAAACGCUACAUCUAAAGCACCAAAGUCAAGAUAUGCUGCGGCUAGCACAAUUCCGGCAGUAAACCCAAUUGGUCUUGGGGUUUCUCAGAAGCAGACUACUCAAGGUAGCUCGGUACCACCUGCUCAGCAACUGCCUGACAACUUCGCUUCAGGAUCUUCAUUCUCCCAGACGGCGCCAUUGACACCACGUACAGCCUCUAUCACUGCUCCAAUUUCCACCGCAUUGAAAUCAAGUGCAUAUGUGCCUGCAACAAAUGUAAAUGUGCCAGCUGCAAACAAGUAUGGCCCUGCAGCUAUUUCGCCGGGUGCCAUUACUCGCGUUCCAACCGCCUUCGUUCCGCCUGCACCUCUGGCGAAUAACGUAGCAGCAAACAACCCUUACACACCUGCUGGGCUACAAACAAUGCCAGCGAAUCCUCCAGCAAAUCCAUAUGCUAAUCGCUAUGGUAGUACCGGCGCUCAGCCUGCUUAUGGUCAGCCUUUCAAACCAGUCGCCAACGUCAUUGGGGCUGGGUCACCGGGUUAUGGCAAUGGGUCGCAACAGAUGCCUCCACCACCAAUAACUGGUGUGAGUUCGGGCCAGACCCCGCAUCUCAACAAAAAGGCGAAUGACGGCUGGAACGAUUUGCCUUUGAAAAACGUUUCAGAUAAGCCCACUCGUGCAAAGGCUGUUUCCGUAGCUCCGGCUAGCGUUGUUACUUCCCCAGGUCCAGUUGGACCUCAAUCCAGUUUUGGGUCAAUUCCUCCACCACCCUUGUCUAGGGUGACUUCCUCGGCGACGAUCCAAACCCCUGUUCCUCAAAGAGGCCCCUCAAAGGCAUACACUCCAUCUAACAGCAGUGCUUCUCCCACAACGGCACCAGCACCUGUUCCAGCAUUUGCUCCUCCCUCGAAUCCAUAUGCUCCACCACCAGCGUCUAACUUCCCACCAAACCCAUAUGCAUCUUCGCCCAAGGUAGGCUCCGUACCUAGCCAGACUGCUUAUGCACCCUCAGCUAAUAUCCCACUGGGCGGUGGGCCAGUUCUCAAUGGGCAACAAGGUCCUCCUCCGAUUUCACAAAAGGCGCCUGUCGGACCUCCUCCAACAAACAUGCGGAGAAGGGCCCACGCUACUCAGGACGUGAGCUCGGCCAAUGCCAUCUUGCAGUCUGUUCAAGGCAAGCCGGAGACAUUAGCCCCAUUAGCAACUGCACCCGCAGCUAAUGGAGUUAGUAUUCCAGCACCCAGUCAUGAGUAUGCUGAUACCCCAUCUCCCGCCAUUCCCACGGAAACACAGGGGAUCCCGGCAGAACAGCAACCGAUUGUUGAUUUCUUAACUAGCGAGUUGGCCCGUGUAACACCCUUGAUUCCUCAGGAGUACACCAAGCAGUUGAAGGACUGCAGCAAAAGACUGAAAAUAUUGUUUGGACAUUUGGAAAGACAAGAUCUACUCACUCAGCCCACAAUUGACAGACUACAUCAGAUAGUAGCAUUAAUGCAAGAGCACCGCUACGCUGAGGCAAUGCAAGUUCACGUGGACAUUGCAACCAACUAUGCUCACGAUGCAGGGAACUGGUUGACCGGUGUGAAGAGACUAAUAGGGAUCGCCGAAGUCACUUCAUCCUGA